GCCAUCACCCCCCUUCACCUAUCCUCUCCAUCACCCUUCCCCAUCUCCAAUCGAUAGCGACAUUUGAUAUCGUCUCUCCCAAGUCCAAAUAUCCUCCUUAUCGCGUAUUGUUUUAUGAUGAGACAUCUCCCUCGACUCAUGCUUUUCACACCUCCAUCAUCCCACCCUCGACGAUUCGAUCUAGCAGCAAUCGUGCAUUCCGACCCUUUCAGUGAUAUCGAGGCAGCCGAGCAAGCGAAGCAAGACGCAAAUUACGAUAAUGUAGUGACCCGGCUAUUGAUCCUCGUGCAUGGGUAUCGACCCAGUUUGAGCACAAACAUACCAACCACGAGAGCAAUAAAAGAAAUGGAAUGCACAGAAAAUGAGAGGAUCGGAGAAUUUGAGUGGGUUUGGGGAGUGUAUGCAAUAGUACUGUAUAGUAUUGGUGUGCUGGGAUGGAGGAGUGGAAGUUUUACAUACACACAACGACGUUUCUAAUAUCUCGACUGUGGAAAUUGGGAUAUGGAUAGGGGAAAUCGCUUGAUGGGUUGUAGAGAAAGU